AUGACAGGUGGAUAUCGUUUACCAGCAAAAUAUAUAAUCCAUUGUGUUGGCCCAAUUGGAGAGAAACCUGACCUACUCGCAAGUUGUUAUCAACAUGCAUUGGAUAUGUUACGUGAUAAUCAAUUACGUUCAAUUGCAUUUCCAUGUAUAUCUACGGGAAUAUUUGGUUAUCCAAAUGAAAAUGCAGCUAAUAUUGCAUUGGAUACUAUACGAAAAUGGUUGGAAAAUCCAUCAAAUCUUCAAUCAAUUGAUCGAAUAAUAUUCUGUUUAUUUCUCGAAAAAGAUAUUGACAUUUAUAAUCGUUUAAUUGGAGAAUAUUUUCCAUUAAUCGACAAAUAA